GGUAGAGUGUAAGUACCCUGUCGAUCUGGUUCGGUGUCAAAUUGAAGCGCUACUUUGCAGCGACACGUGCCAAUAAUUCAUAGUUUUCGGCAUGAACUUUGGACAUUGAACCCCAAUUUUCACAUUCCUUUGGGCUUGGGUGUGGGAGGGGGUAGACCGACAAAACGAAACCUCUAGAGAUUUUGCGUGUAAGGGUAACUAUAGCUACUUUUACCAUUCCCAGCUUCAGACACAAUUCCAUUUUUGCUCUCUCUGUUCUUGAAUCCAAGGUUCCUGCAUCAGAAAAGCUUUUCUUCUCUCUGAAUCAUAAGGAUCAGGUGUCUGAAACAUUGUGUAAAAAUCCAUGGAAGCAACGAGAGGACGAGAAACCACAGGGUUACUAGACAAGAUCCUCCCUCCACGCCUGGAAGACGCCGGACUCGAGGAUUGCGCUCUUCCGCCAGAUUCCAUACACGAGGCCUUUCUCAAAGCCGCUUCCGCCAUCAAGUCUCGAGCAGCCAACAUCUUCCACUCUGAUGAUGAAGAUGAAGUUGAACGCGGAUGCUUAGAUGACCCAUUUCUUGACAAGAGUAAGUGCUCCUCCGAUGUUCUUGUUUCGCCACCGUGUCCCGACAUGUCUGACGCCUUAGUGGUUGGCGGAGGGUCGCCGGAUCCAACCUCGGACGCUGUGGAGGGCUGCGUAAAGGAAAAGGGAUGCGGUAAAGAGGUAGAGGAGGGUAAGGAUAUGGUGACUGUGGGUGGUGAUGGUGGAGAAGCCGCGGAUGGGAAGGGUUGUUUAGAUGAUGAGCUCAAGGGUAUGAAGAUUAAGGGUGAAGAGAAAAAGAAGAAGAAUCAAAAUCUGGAGGAUGAUGAUGAGAGGGAAAAGGAAAAACCAAUUCUGGUUGAGGGUUUUGUGUAAGAUUCUGCAUGUUGAUGCUUCAUGAUGAAGAGAAAAAAGAAGAAUGUAGCUCCUUGUCUUUUUUGCACAUUUUUUUGUUUCUUUUUGAAUAGUUUAAGGAUAAUGGAUGUAUUUCAUCUUUACUAUGAAUCUCGCUGCUGUCUAUUUAAGCAAACUCGUGGAAGGUUUUUAGUAGGAGAACUUGUUGGAAUUCAGAUUUAAA